AUGGAGACGUAUCCGGAGGUGAUUGUGGAUGUGAAUCCGCCUGAGAGACUUUUGACCUUCUACCGUGUGCACGGAGUUUUCGCGCUCCUAUUCAAUCUGUUGGGCGUCGUUCUCAUCAAUUCAAACCAAAGAAUUGUGAAACUGUACAGAGUAUUCAUGAUUAACAUGCAGGUAUUUGUGAAUGUUCUCUUUUGCCUUGACAUUUCAAUCAAAACGGAGACUGAUUGCAGGUGUUAUCCCUCAUUGCGGAUGCACAAAACACUCUGCUCAUGCAGCCAGUCUAUCUAUUUCCAGUGGUUGGCGGCUACACAAAUGGCAUUUGGUGGCAUUUGUUCGGAAUGUCAUCGCACUUUCAAAUGGUUUGAGAACUGAGGAAAGUGAGAGAAUGACUUUGUUUCUUCAGGGAAUCUUCAUUCUCCUUUUGUACCUCCAAGUGGCUUCAAUCGUUUGUGCAAUUGUGACAAAAUAUCAAAUUGUGGCGAGCAUUGGAAAUGUAGAAAAUCUUUAG